ACAAUCACAACUACAGCUCCUGAUACAACAACUGUAAUUUCUACAUCAACCACAGCAGCUGCAUCUACGAAAACCACUGCAGCUCUAACUACAACAACUGCUGCUCCAACGACCACUACAACUCCAGAACCUAUUACGACAACCACUGCAGCUCCUGCUACAACAACUACAACAUCAGCUCCUACGACAACCACAACAACAGCACCAACAACAACUGUAGCUCCCACGACAACUGCAGCUCCAACAACAGCUUUAGCAGCUAAGACAACCACUGCAGCCCUAACUACAACAGCUGCUGCUCCUACGACCACGGCAACUCCACAACCUACUACGACAACCAGUGCAGCUCCUACUACAACAACUGCUGUUCUAACGACCACAGGGACUGCAGCAACUUCUACAAUAACUGCAACUUCAGCUCCUACGACAACCACAACAACAGCACCUACUACAACACCUGCAGUUCCUACAACAGCUUUAGCAUCUACGACAACCACUGCAGCCCUAACAACAACAACUGCUGCCCCUACGACCACGGCAACUCCACAACCUACUACGACAACCAGUGCAGCUCCUACUACAACAACUGCUGUUCUAACGACCACAGGGACUGCAGCACCUUCUACAAUAACUACAACUUCAGCUCCUACGACAACCACAACAACAGCACCUACUUCAACACCUGCAGUUCCUACAACUGUAGCUCCCACGACCACUCCACCUGCUGUACUUACUACAACAAUCACAACUACAGCUCCUGAUACAACAACUGUAUCUUCUACGUCAACCUCUACGACAACCACUGCAGCUCUAACUACAACAACUGCUGCUCCAACGACCACUACAACUCCAGAACCUAUUACGACAACCACUGCAGCUCCUGCUACAACAACU